UAGUUUCGGAGGUUACCUGAUGGAAGAAAAGUCCGAAUAAAUUGCCCCCAGCUUAGUCUGUUCAUUUUCCCUUUGCUGGUUUUCUAAGACCGCAGACCUCAAUGUGUAAGGGACUCUCCUCCCUGCCCUCCUCAUGUCUGGAGAAGGCAAAAGAUUUGCGGGUGAAGUUAAGCCAUCUGGCUGAGACGCACCACAAACACAAGGUUCAGGACGGAAAAACUCUUCAGGACCUGGAAACUCUACUAAACAGCAAAAGCGGUCUGGAGGCGUUUCGUGGGUUCCUGCGUUCAGAGUUCAGUGAGGAGAACCUCGAGUUCUGGCUGGCGUGUGAGGACUACAGGUUUUCACCUUCGAACCUGCAGAAAAUCAAGGCCAGCAGCAUGUUCAGCCAGUUUAUCAACCCUGACGCUCAGCAGGAGGUAAACCUGGACGCUGAGACCCGUGACGCUCUGUUGAGUGCCAUCGACUCUCCAUGUGCUGACACAUUCAUGAAGGCACAGCAGAGGAUCUACAGUCUGAUGGCCAAAGACUCCUUCCCUCGCUUCCUGCGCUCCCAUCACUGCAUGGAGGCCAUUAAGGCUUUCUAAACAUAUUCUGUUUCUUACCACAGACCUGCUUUAGAAAUAAGUGCUGAUGAAGUUGUACUGCUGGACAUGUUGAUUGUAUUUUAGCAUUUAUCUUAACAACUAGCUUGUUUUGUGAUUGUUUUUCAUUUAGUUGUGCGGCCCUUGUGCACUGUAAACAGGAUGCAUGCUGUUACUGUUAUGAUAUUGAGUUGUAGGCAUCGUUAAAAAGUCAAACAUAGAAACCUCAUAAUUAUGAAGCUUAAAUGUAAACGUAGCUACAUUGUGCCUCUGGACUACAUAAGCUCUGAGUGACAUUAACAAAGGAUUUAAAUAAAUACCUCAGUAAAGAGAAUCUAUAAUGU